CAGGAGCAGGAAGAUGCAGCAUCCUUGUGUCCCCAGAUCCGAGGGGCUUUGGGAAAGCAACAACACGAUUACGCAUCAUCUCACUCCUCUCCUCCUCUUCCUCCUUGUUGCUGCUCCGGCCGCUGCUGCUGCUGCUUCUGAGAUUAAAAAAAAACACACAACAUGGCGACCGCUCCCUGCGGGACUGAGACACAAGACUGACGGCCAGAGGGGGAGGGGCAGCCCGCCCGCAAGCCAACCCAACCCCCAACCCAACCCACCGCCACCGCCACCGCCCGGCACGCCGGGAUACUGGAGGACUUACAGGUUGGGAGAUGGAGAGGAGGGGGAGGGGCUACACACCGACUGCCCAGCACGUCGGGAUACUGGAGGACUGAAGGGUGCGAAUCGGCCGUCCAGCAUGCCGGGAUACUGGAAUACUAACGUGCGAAGAGGAGGCUGCGAGGAUAACGGUGGUGGCUAUGAUGGAGGAUGAGCGGUAUAGCCGGUGGGGAAUAGGAUCAGUGAAGGCACAUUUUCUUUUCUUUGGUUGGGGUCGCUGGAAGUGGAAGGGUUGGAGUAUUGGCAGAGUGUGGUUAGGAUUGAGGCCACUUUCACCGUGGCUUACCUGGUAGCACACUCUCACCUCUGCGGUGCAAGGCUCUGGGGCCAAGUCUUUUGAGCACAAAACUCCAGGCUGACGGGUCAGUACAGUACUGAGGGUGCACUGUGCUGUUGGAGGUGCCAUCUUUUGCAUGAAACAUUACAUUGAGAACUCUUCCACCUUCCUUCGGGUGGAUGUAAAGAUCCUGUGGCACUAAAUACAAAGAGAAGGGGAAUUAUCCCUUAUCUCCUGGCUAAUAUUUAUCCCUCAAUUAACAUCACUAAAACAGAUUACCUGGCUAUUAGCACAUGAGAACACACUCCUGGCUGGUUUCCAACAUUCUAUCUUCCAUAAACUUGAGGUCAUCCAAAACUCUGUUGCCCUUGUCUUACUCAAAGCAAGUUCCAUUCCCCUAUCAUCCGUGUGCUCACUGACCUACAUUGGCUCCUGGUCAAUUAACGUUUUGGUUUUAAAAUUCUCAUCCUUGUUUUCAAAUCCCUCCAUGGUCUUGCCCUCCCUAUCUCUAAUCUCCUCCAUCCCCACAACCCUCUGAGAUAUCUGCACUCCUCUAAUUCUGGCCUCUUGUACAUUCCCAGUUAUAAUCACUCCACCAUCUGUGACCAUAUCUUCACCCUAAGCUCUGGAAUAACCUCCCUACACUUCUGUACAUCACUUGCCUCAUUUAAGAUACUCCAUGAAACAUGCCUCUUUGACUGAGCUUUUGGUCAUCUGAUCUAACAUCUCUCUAUGUGGCUCCAUAUUAUUCUUUGUUUUAUAAUGUUCUUGUGAUAUGUCUUGGGAUAUUUUAUCACAUUAAAGAAACUCACCAAGGCUUCUUAGACAGCACCUUCCAAACC